CAUCAUCCUCACUCAUUUUCUUCUACCUCGAGAGAAAUCUAUUACUGUCAUUUUGAUGGUUUCUCAAUACUCUCUUUAUUCCUAUCUCAUUUCUCUUUAGUUUUUCCUAUCACUUUCUUUCUCUCCAUUUUCAUUUCCCAUUUCCCAGCUACCAAACUAAGGUUUCUCCUUUCACUUUUGAUAUAAUCCCAAAUAUGGCCUCUAACGGUAACGCUAACGGCGAGUUCAGCUUCGGCAACGGGACAGCACGUAACGGGCUGAAAAUUCAGACGCAGAAGAAAGAUAACGGAAUAUGCCAUGACGACAGUGCACCAACGGUGAAAGCCCAAACGAUCGACGAGCUCCACUCGCUCCAGAAAAAGAGGUCUGCCCCUACCACUCCCAUUAAGGGUGCUCAGGGCGCGUUCGCUCCACCGCUCAUCUCCGAUGAAGAGCGCCAGAAGCAGCAGCUUCAGUCCAUCAGUGCAUCUUUGGCGUCGUCGGCUAGAGAAACCGGACCAAAUGUGGUGAGAGGAGAUCCGGCAAGGAAGUCUGAGACUCCGAAGGUGUCACACGUGUCACAACAUCACUUUUUCACUCCCACCAUCAGCGUUAGCGACAGUUCCUUGAAAUUCACACAUGUCCUCUACAACCUCUCUCCCGCUGAGCUAUAUGAGCAGGCAAUAAAAUAUGAAAAAGGGUCAUUUAUUACGUCUAAUGGUGCCUUGGCCACUCUCUCGGGAGCCAAGACCGGUCGCUCACCAAGAGAUAAACGCGUUGUUAAGGAUGACACCACUGAGGAUGAGCUUUGGUGGGGAAAGGGUUCACCUAACAUUGAAAUGGACGAGCACACAUUUAUGGUGAACAGGGAAAGAGCUGUCGACUACUUGAAUUCCUUGGAUAAGGUGUUUGUGAAUGACCAAUACUUGAACUGGGAUCCAGAGAACAGAAUCAAAGUCAGAAUCGUAUCAGCCAGAGCUUACCAUUCACUUUUCAUGCACAACAUGUGCAUCCGACCCAGUCCUGAAGAGCUGGAGAGUUUUGGUACUCCGGACUUCACUAUAUACAAUGCUGGGCAGUUCCCGUGUAAUCGUUACACGCACUACAUGACAUCCUCUACUAGCGUAGACCUUAAUCUUGCUAGGAGAGAAAUGGUCAUCCUCGGCACUCAGUACGCCGGGGAAAUGAAGAAAGGUCUCUUCAGUGUUAUGCAUUAUCUCAUGCCUAAGCGUCAAAUCCUCUCCCUACAUUCUGGCUGCAAUAUGGGGAAAAGUGGAGACGUGGCCCUCUUCUUUGGACUCUCAGGUACUGGGAAGACAACUCUGUCUACUGAUCACAAUAGGUACUUGAUUGGAGAUGAUGAGCACUGUUGGAGUGAUACUGGUGUGUCGAAUAUCGAAGGUGGUUGUUAUGCUAAGUGCAUCGAUCUUUCGAGGGAAAAGGAGCCUGAUAUUUGGAAUGCCAUCAAGUUCGGAACUGUGGUGGAGAAUGUGGUUUUUGAUGAGCAUACCCGGGAAGUGGAUUAUACUGAUAAAUCUGUCACAGAGAACACUCGUGCAGCCUAUCCGAUCGAAUACAUUCCCAAUGCAAAGAUACCUUGUGUUGGUCCACACCCAAAGAACGUCAUUCUUUUGGCCUGUGAUGCAUUUGGUGUGCUCCCACCAGUGUGCAAGCUGAGCCUGGCACAGACCAUGUACCACUUCAUAAGUGGCUACACAGCUCUGGUGGCUGGGACUGAAGAGGGAGUGAAGGAGCCUCAAGCAACAUUCUCGGCUUGCUUUGGCGCUGCUUUCAUAAUGAUGCAUCCUACCAAGUAUGCAGCCAUGCUGGCCGAGAAGAUGCUGAAACAUGGCGCUACCGGAUGGCUCGUCAACACUGGCUGGUCAGGCGGAAGAUAUGGUUCUGGUAAGCGAAUUAGGCUUCCUUACACAAGGAAAAUCAUCGAUGCCAUUCACUCUGGUAGCCUCUUGGAGGCAAACUACAAGAAAACUGAAGUGUUUGGACUUGAAAUCCCCACUGAAGUGGAAGGAGUCCCUUCAGAAAUCCUGGACCCUGUGAACACUUGGGCAGACAAGAAAGCUUACAAGGAGACUUUGCUGAAGCUGGGAGGACUUUUCAAGAAGAACUUUGAGACAUUCACAACCUACAAGAUUGGCAAGGACAACAAGCUUACUGAAGAGAUCCUUGCUGCUGGUCCAAAUUUUUAAAGCUGGCGAAAGAAGAAACUGCUUUCACUGUGCUUGGUUUGUAGAGCCAGCACUAGUUUGUUCAUGGGGGCAACAAUAAAAGAUCUUAUUAUAAUUAUUAUAUGUAAUCAAAUGUGGUUUCAGCACCCGAAAAAGAAGAGGUGGGGGAGAAAAAGUGAAGUGGUUUUCGUGAUAUGUGUAACAUGGUUAUUGUAAGUUGAUUCAUCAGUAAAAAAUGUAGGUGAACACUCGAGUCGGUCGUCUUGUAUUAGUUCAUAUCAUAUAUAAUCUCUUAUGUUUCGGUGGAAAAGUUGGUGGAAAGUAUCCAUCUUCCCUCGAAGCUCUGGCUUCUCCUAUUAUUAUUAUUAUUAAAAAUUUCCAAUAUAUAUACUUAGGUUUUCAAUUUCAAAAUUUUAGUAUUUUGUCGAAGAUUAAA